GAGGGAGAUGGAGAGAAAUGAGGUCUGAAAAGGACCAAAUGACCGUGGGCAAGGAGAAAAACGUCGUCGAGAUACAGUUCAGGGACAUCCCGAGAGAGCAAGAAAACACACCGUGUAACCCCAAGCAGAAAGAAGAGAAGAAAGAAGUUUUUACAAAGGUGGUGAUUCGAAGGCUCCCACCAAACCUGUCGAAGGACCAACUAGAAGAACAGCUCAGUCCACUGCCGUCAUAUGACUAUUUUGAGUUCUUUCCGGCAGAUCAAAGUCUCUAUCCUCACCUGUUCUCCAGAGCGUACAUCAAUUUCAAAAACCCUGAAGAUAUCCUGCUGUUUAGAGACCGAUUUGACGGCUAUGUCUUCAUUGACAACAAGGGCCAGGAGUAUCCUGCCGUGGUGGAGUUUGCCCCCUUCCAGAAAAUUUCUAAGAAGAAGCUAAAAAAGAAAGAUGCCAAAGCUGGGAGUAUCGAAGAAGAUCCAGAAUAUAAACGGUUCUUGGAGAAUUACUCCUGUGAUGAGGAGAAGUCUAUGGCCAAUCCUGAGACUCUGCUGGGAGAGAUAGAGGCCAAGACCAGAGAGCUCAUAGCCAAGCGAACAACACCCCUAUUAGAGUACAUCAAAAACAAGAAAAUUGAGAAACAGAGAAUAAGAGAGGAGAAGAGAGAGGAGAGGAGGAGAAGAGAGCUUGAAAAGAAACGGCAAAGGGAGGAGGAGAAGAGAAAGCGACGAGAGGAGGAGAGACGCAAACGGAAAGAGGCCGAGAAGCAGAAGAAAUUGUCUGAUAAAGACAUCAAAAUCAAGCUCCUGAAGAAGAGUGACAGAGACGACGAUGUGGACUCAGACCGAAUGAAAGACAAAAGUGACAUUGGGGAGACAGACAGGGGAAAAUGGGAGAAAGCUGGAGGACAAAUGAAGUCAAAGGACCCCAAAGAAAAAGGCCAGCCUGAGAGCGACAAGGAGCAGAGAGAGCAGCACGGACGUCGACAGAGAGAUAAGGAUCACCGUGGGAAAGAUGAAGAGCGGAAACGGCAGCGACACCACUAUGAGUUUGAUAAGUUUAUGCGCCGCAAAGAUGAAACCAAAUGGGGGAAGGGCUAUUGCCAGGACCGAGCCAAGAAAGAGGGGCAUCAUCAUGGCUUCUCUUACUGUCCUGACAGUGGAGACAAACUAGGAAAGGAGGACAGGGAGGACCUGGGUAAUAGGAAGGAACGCCUCCGAAACAAGGUGAGCGAGAAGGACCGUCCAGCCAUGCAGCUCUAUCAGCCAGGUGCACGCAACCGCAAGCGCAUGAGUUCGGCGGGCAAGGGCUACGACUGCAUCCCUGUGGGCCCCUCACCUGAACCCGGGACAGAGCAUUGCUAUGAGGUUGCCACUAUGGCAACAGGGCUGGAAAAGGGGUUUGAGAAAAGCAAAGACGAGCAGUGAGCAGCCUGGGUGUUCAGAGGAAAUGCAAAUAAAUUUAUUCAGCCUUUGAGCCGAAGCUGAUGGUGACAGGCUCGACUGGUUAUCAUUGAGCUUAUAAAACUAAUAAACUCCACUGAGGGAGAAAGCACUUCAAAAGCAAACAGUCUUUUAGUAACUGUCAUCAGUGUUUAGGUGUAAUAGAACAGGAAGCUUUGAAUGUUGGUCAACCAUGAACAUUUUCAGCACUUGCAAGUAUUUGAAGUGUCCCACUGAUUAAUAUUCAAAGAACUAUCAAAGUGAACCAUUAGUUUCAAUCUUUGGAAUAAACAGUUUGAAAAAUACAGAGAAUAGGCGCAAACAAUAGUAGUUACCUUGGUGAUAGCACAACAAUUAACUUGAUUUCCCACAGUUAGUUGCUAUCUUAGUGCUGCUGCACAGAUACAUCUUUUUUUUUUUAAACUGCCUCCCGGGAGUUAGUCAUCAGUUUCAUCAAAGCAUCGUCUCACGAGGCAGUCAAGUGUCAUUUCUUUACACAAUCGUGUUUUUAAAGCAUGUUCCUCUGUCCCAGCUCACGUGUGUUGCCCAUCAAUAGUCUGCUCGUGAAACCAUCAUCUCAUCCUCUGCAACACAACUUGUUACCAAACCUUUGUAGAGUUCACUCAAACUUUUUAAUGAUCCUAUAGAUUUUAAUAAAAUGAAAUAUAAUGUAAGUAGAACUUACAGAGAGUGGAUGUAGAAAAUGAAACAUGGGGAAUUCUGUGUGUAUUUUUGUGUGUAAAGGUGAGUGACUGAGAGGAAGACUUAUUAUUGACCAAGAGGACAAUGUCAACAUGUUUUACCACUUUGUCCUAUUUUUUUUUAUUUUUGGUCCAUCUUAGUCCUCAACAGAUUCAAGAUUUUUUUUGUGAGCAAAGCUUUGUACAUGAUCAGCCAUGAGCCAGGAAGAACACACUGUCUACAUUUCUAUAAAACAUUUCCUAGAAAUAAAAUGUAAGAUUGCAGUAUGACAGAGAUAAUUGAAAACUAUGAAUUUUCUAUGCUGUUUGCAUGGUUUUCUAUUAAUUAUGUCAAUUAAAUGCAAUGGAAAAGCUACAAAUAUUGAUUAAGUAUCAUAGUCUGUUUAACAAGCUUUAUAUUAUUUUUGCAUAUGCCCUGUCAUACCUCUUGUAUCUUUUUUUUCUCCUUUAAGUUGUGAGAAAAUAAAUCUCUUCUACUGUUAA